GGAGGGAAUAUGCCAUUUUGUGGUUCUUCGCAGACGUUUUCAGAUGCUAAGUCGGUCCGAUAAUUCCCCAUUUUUAUAUAUACACCCACAUGCCGCUUUCCUCUUCCUUCACUCUCUCUCCUCCAUCCUCGCCUUCAGGAUUCAAGACCAGAUCUUUAUGGUGGAUUUGGUGCUUACAAAGUGGACUUUCUUUGCAAGAAUUUGAAUUAAGUGAAAUAACCUGGAUGCAAGAUGGGUUCUGACUGGCAGUCUGUUGGUUUAUUAGAUACCCUCAAAAUGGAAAGGGUUAGGACAAUUUUAACUCACACAUAUCCUUAUCCACAUGAGCAUUCACGUCAUGCUAUUAUUGCCGUGGUUGUGGGUUGCCUGUUCUUUAUCUCGUCUGAUAAUAUGCAUACUCUCAUACAAAAGUUAGACAACAACAUCAAAUGGUGGUCAAUGUAUGCUUGUCUCCUUGGUUUUUUCUAUUUCUUUUCAUCUCCUUUUUUAGAGAAGACAAUUAGACCAAGUUAUUCAAAUUUCAGUCGGUGGUAUAUAGCUUGGAUUUUAGUGGCAGCUUUAUAUCAUCUUCCUAGUUUUCAAUCAAUGGGAGUGGAUAUGAGGAUGAAUCUCUCUUUGUUUUUGACAAUAUUUGUGUCAUCGAUUUUGUUUCUUCUUGUUUUCCAUGUAAUAUUUAUUGGCCUCUGGUAUAUUGGUCUCGUUGCUCGUGUGGCAGGAAAGAAGCCUGAAAUCCUGACCAUUAUUCAAAAUUGUGCGGUUUUAAGCGUAGCCUGCUGUGUGUUCUAUAGUCAUUGUGGCAACCGUGCUAUUUUGAGGGAAAAGUCUUUUGAACGAACAAAUUCUGGUUGGUUUUCUUUUUGGAAGAAACAAGAGCAAAAAACAUUGCUUGCACAAUUCCUCCGCAUGAAUGAAUUUAAAGACAAGAUAUGCUCAUCAUGGUUUGCUCCAGUUGGGUCUGCUAGUGAUUAUCCUCUUUUGUCCAAGUGGGUUAUUUAUGGUGAGUUAGCUUGCAAUGGCUCAUGUGUGGGAUCAGUAGAUGGAAUUUCUCCGAUAUAUUCGUUAUGGGCCACAUUUAUAGGCCUCUACAUUGCCAAUUAUGUAGUGGAAAGAUCAACAGGAUGGGCUCUCACUCACCCAUUGUCAGUCAAAGAAUCCGAGAAGUUGAAGAAAAAACAAAUGAAACCUGAUUUCUUGGAAAUGGUUCCUUGGUAUUCAGGGACGUCAGCUGAUUUGUUCAAGACAGUUUUUGACCUCCUGGUAUCAGUAACUGUAUUUGUUGGGCGUUUUGAUAUGCGCAUGAUGCAGGCGGCAAUGAGUAGGGUUCAAGAUGGGCCUCAAAAUACCGAUCUUUUGCAUGAUCAGUUCAGCGAGAAGGAUGAUAUGUGGUUUGACUUUAUAGCGGAUACUGGGGACGGUGGAAAUUCUUCCUAUACUGUGGCAAAACUUCUUGCUCAACCCUCCAUUCAGCUUCAUAGUGGGGAUAAAGUGCUUGACCUGCCACGUGGAAACCUUCUUUUGAUUGGGGGUGAUCUUGCGUAUCCUAAUCCAUCAGCGUUUUCAUAUGAAAAGCGCUUCUUUUGCCCCUUUGAAUAUGCUCUCCAGCCUCCAUCAUGGUAUAAAGAAGAGCAUGUAGCUGUAAACAAGCCAGAGUUACCUUGUGGGGUGUCUGAACUGAAGCAGUAUGAUGGACCUCAGUGUUUCGUUAUCCCCGGAAACCAUGAUUGGUUUGAUGGCCUUCAAACCUUUAUAAGGUACAUUUGUCAUAAGAGCUGGUUGGGUGGAUGGCUUAUGCCUCAGAAGAAAAGCUACUUUGCUUUGCAACUACCUAAAGGGUGGUGGGUCUUUGGUCUUGACCUCGCCCUCCAUUGUGAUAUUGAUGUAUACCAAUUCAAAUUCUUUUCAGAAUUAAUAAAUGACAAGGUUGGAGAGAAUGAUUUGGUCAUCAUAAUGACACAUGAACCAAACUGGCUUCUUGAUUGGUACUGGAAUGACAAAACAGGGAAGAAUGUCUCAUAUCUGAUACGUGACUGUUUGAAAGGAAGGUGUAAACUUUGGAUGGCUGGGGACUUGCAUCAUUAUAUGCGUCAUUCGUAUGUUCCAUCAGAUAAGCCAGUUUAUGUGCAACAUUUACUUGUUAAUGGUUGUGGUGGCGCUUUUUUGCAUCCCACGCAUGUCUUCAGUAAUUUCAAGAAAUUAGAUGAAACUUCCUAUGAGAGCAAGGCUGCUUAUCCUUCUUUUGAGGAUUCAAGCAGGAUUGCCCUGGGAAACAUAUUGAAAUUUCGAAAGAAAAAUUGGCAGUUUGAUUUCAUUGGUGGCAUUAUAUAUUUUAUAUUGGCCUUUUCUAUGUUCCCACUGUGUAAGCUAGACCACAUCUUGCAGGAUGACACAUUUUCUGGUCACAUGAGGAGCUUCUUUAGAACAGCAUGGGAUGCUUUUAUUUACUUGCUGGGACACUCAUAUGUAUCUUCAGCAGGUGCUUUGCUAUUGUUCAUAACUGCAUUCACGUUUGUCCCCUCCAAGAUCUCUCGGAAAAGAAGAUUGAUAAUUGGGAUUCUUCAUGUUUCUGCACACCUGGCUGCAGCACUUAUUCUCAUGUUGGUGUUGGAAAUAGGUGUUGAGAUAUGUAUCCGGCACAAAUUGCUGGCAACUUCAGGUUACCACACUUUAUAUGAAUGGUAUCGGUCCGUGGAGAGCGAGCAUUUUCCAGACCCAACUGGCCUUCGGGCUCGUAUAGAACAAUGGACAUUUGGUCUUUAUCCAGCGUGUAUUAAGUAUCUCAUGUCUGCAUUUGAUGUUCCCGAGGUAAUGGCUGUUACCAGGAAUAAUAUUUGCAAGAAUGGGAUGGAAGCACUCUCCCGAGGGGGUGCAGUUAUAUACUAUUCAUCUGUGUUCCUUUAUUUCUGGGUCUUCUCUACUCCUGUUGUGUCCUUGGUGUUUGGAAGCUACUUAUACAUAUGUAUUAAUUGGCUUCACCUACACUUUGAUGAAGCCUUUUCUUCACUUCGCAUUGCUAAUUACAAGGCUAUCACACGCUUCCAUAUCAACCAUGGUGGUGAUCUUGAAGUUUACACCCUUGCAGUUGAUAAGUCAGGAGGAGGGAAAAUGGAAAAGGGAAGCAGCAUAAGGAGCGGAAAUUACAAGGUGAAAGCAUUACAGAAGGCCAAUCUCAUGAGGUCUGGAGCUCGACUCAAAUUCUAGAAAAGGAGAGAAGCUCUAGCCAAGCAUUAGUCUUGUUGGAUUAUCUGAAACCAUCGAUUGGCUUGCAUGUGAAAGGUGUUGUCUGGAUGAUGGUACAACGGAUUUACGGGUACAUUUUUUCAUGGUUAUGCUCUUUUUUUUUUUUCUUUUUUUCUUUUCUUUUCUUUUUUUUUUUGGAGAAACAUUUCUUUGUUAAAUUACUAUGGCUGCUGUGAGUGAAAAUCAUCAUCUUGGGUUACUAUGUUUCAUCAUGGUGAUUGUAGUUUUAGAUUCUACCUCGUUUGGAAACAUGUUAUUUUAGUAACUUUUUGGCUUUUUACGAAAAAAUGUACAGAAAAGUACAGAGAGAUGUGACAAUUUAUAGUGAUUUUUUGGCUAAAAGUGAAAGUUCCCGAACUAGGCAGUGUCAUUCUUAGAUAUCCAAUCCUUGCAUUAGGGGGUUUCAAUUGUUAAUUGUGGUCUUAUUCCUUGGUGCUUUGGGUCAGGGUUCUUUUGAGAGAGCAAUCAUCUAUUCAAUUCUUUAUCAUUUUCGUUUUUUUCUUCUGAAAAAGGUUUUGGCUUUUGAAUUGCAUGUACCUUGUGAUUUGGGACUGCAAUUAUGUUCAAAAAGGGUUUUCUGAAGCCAAUAUCAUUGGGAAAGAGAGAAAGGUAUUGCAACGCUUGUUGACACAGGUUCAAAUAAGGGUAACUUGAGAUGUACAUUACCUUUUGACAUGUUGUCUUUUGGAUUCACUUGAAAUAGCUUUAAUCAAAAUGCCUUUCGUGUGGACUCAUAAAUAUGGAGUAUCAUCAUGGUAGAAGAACAUUGCAAGGAAUGAAUGAUGUUUCAAAUGAGCCAAGUAAAGCGACCCCUUUGAUGCCCCUCAUUGUUUCUCAUCAGAAAUGUGAAGCACACCAAAAGGGCACAAAGAGAGGAGCUACUCUCAAUGAGCCUACUGAGGGGGCAAAAAUGGAAAAGUAAUCAUGGGAAGAUUUUUUUUCUCCUCAUUGAUCAUAAUUUAUGAGAAAAUCUUAAAGUUGACAGUAACUUCCAAUUCUUUCAUUGAUCGAGCUUGCCAAUUGUUGAAAUUCAGGACAAAAAGGAAAAAGGGUUCUUCGAAGCAGACAUGCAAGUUAAUGGCAUGAUUGAACCAUCACCUUCUCGACUAGCAUUCCCACGUUUCUAGUGAUCACAAUGAACAAUUGUAGACACCAGUCUCUGAGCACAUUGAAACUCUUCUUAACCAAUAACCUGGUUUACUGUUGUUGUUUUUGGAUUGUGUUUUCUAGUUUCAUUGCAAGGGUUCAUUGUCAUUGCUCGUAGAAAGGUUCUUGCUUUUCAAUUUGUUUGGGCUCAGUUUUCUUCGUGAUGUUUGAUUACUUGUUAUGAUUGUCAUUGGAAAUUUUGGUCAAAUUCGUGUUA